AUGAAGACAGGCUCUACUAUCGUCUCCACGCCCGGCAGAGCAUCCGGCUCAGGGUCCGUCCAGGUUCUGGGGAAAGGGCCUCUUAGCCGCAGCCUGCGCAGCGUAGAGCUCAAUCUCAUCCCUCCCAUCAUGUCGUCCAUGACCCGCGCGUCCCUCCAGCUCGACCAGCCUCGUCGCGUCUUUCAGCAUGCGACGAAAGCCCUGCUUGAGGUGGGUGGUCUGGUGCACGUCGUCGGACAGGCAGUCCAUCUCGUUGACGAAGCGCACGUGGCGGAUGAGGUCCCAUUCGAAGGACUUCCCCUCGGAGGCCAGGGCCCUCUGCCCGCUGCUCAUGACGAGGAAGAGGGCGAAGCGCCUGCCUGCCCCCGCGGGCUCGUGGCUCUGGCGCAUCUCCUUGAACAUCUGCUUGCAUGA